AUGUCGCUCUUUGGUGUUGCACAACUAUCUGAGCUUGACACUCUUCUUUAUGCAACUAUUUUUGGAAACGUCACCACCAUUUUCCAGCAAAUGUAUGCCAACACCAACCGGUACCAUGAGAUGCUGAACAAUGUGAGGGAUUUCCUAAAAUUAUAUCAAGUCCCAAAAGGCCUUAGUGAAAGAGUCAUGGAUUAUAUUGUCUCAACCUGGUCCAUGUCUAAAGGGAUUGACACGGAGAAGGUUCUCUCCAUUUGCCCGAAGGACAUGAGGGCGGACAUCUGCGUGCACCUGAACCGGAAGGUGUUCAACGAGCACCCUGCCUUCCGGCUGGCCAGCGACGGCUGCCUGCGAGCCCUGGCCGUGGAGUUCCAGACCAUCCAUUGUGCCCCGGGGGACCUCAUCUACCACGCUGGGGAAAGCGUCGAUGCGCUUUGCUUCGUGGUCUCAGGAUCCCUAGAAGUCAUCCAGGACGACGAGGUGGUGGCUAUUUUAGGUAAAGGAGAUGUGUUUGGUGAUAUCUUCUGGAAAGAAACCAGCCUGGCUCACGCGUGUGCCAACGUGCGGGCUCUGACGUACUGCGACUUACAUAUUAUUAAACGAGAAGCCUUGCUCAAAGUGUUGGACUUCUACACUGCUUUUGCAAACUCCUUCUCAAGGAACCUCACGCUCACCUGCAAUUUGAGGAAACGGAUCAUCUUUCGGAAGAUCAGUGAUGUCAAGAAGGAAGAAGAGGAGCGCCUGCGCCAGAAGAACGAGGUGACGCUGAGCAUCCCUGUGGACCACCCUGUGAGGAAACUCUUCCAGAAGUUCAAACAGCAAAAGGAGAUGCGGAAUCAAGGCUCAGCCCACAUUGACCCAGAAAGGAACCAGCUUCAGGUGGAGAGCCGGGGCGUGCAGAACGGAGCCUCCAUCACAGGCACCAGUGUGGUCACUGUGUCUCAGAUCACGCCCAUCCAGACGUCCCUGGCUUACAUGAAGACCAGUGAGGCCGUGAAGCAGAACAACAGGGAUGCGAUGGAGCUCAAGCCAAACGGAAACGGAGACCAGAAAUGUCUGAAAGUCAACAGUCCCAUGAGGAUGAAAAACGGGAAUGGGAAAGGGUGGCUUCGGCUGAAGAACACGAUGGGGACCCACGAGGAGAAGAAGGAGGACUGGAACAACGUCACGAAGGCCGAGUCCAUGGGGUUGCUGGCCGAUGACCCCAAGUGCAAUGACUCGGAGAACGGCGUCAAUAAGAACCCACUGCGGAAAACAGACUCCUGUGACAGUGGAAUCACAAAAAGUGACCUUCGCUUGGAUAAAGCUGGUGAGGCUCGCAGCCCCCUGGAGCACAGCCCCAUUCAGGCUGAUGCUAGGCACCCUUUCUACCCUAUUCCUGAGCAGGCCUUACAAACCACGCUGCAGGAAGUCAAGCAUGAACUCAAAGAAGAUAUCCAGCUGCUAAGCAGUAGGAUGGCUGCCCUUGAGAAACAGGUGGCAGAAAUUUUAAAAAUAUUGUCUGAAAAGAACGUACCCCAGAUCUCUUCCCCCCAGUCUCAUUUAUCACCCCAGCGGCCUGCCCAGAUACCCUGUCAGGAUAUUUUUAGUGUUUCAAGGCCUGCAUCACCUGAAUCAGAAAAAGAUGAAAUCCACUUUUAG